UUGUUAUUUAUCAGUGGAUAAAAAACUGAAUCACUAUAGGAACUAAUUCUUUUCAUAAACGUGCACAGUUUUAAAAUAUUACAAUUGUUGGGUUUUAACGAUUCGAGAUAACCGUUUUCUGAAGUGAUAUUAUUUCCAUUGUGUAUUUAAACAGAAAUAUAAAAUAUUUUUUAAUUCUGAAAAUAUUGUCGAUAAUAUAACUUAUAAGUUUUCUGUUUUAAUUAAACUGAAUUAAAUACUCAAAUUUUAUUUUUAUUUAUUGUAUUAUUUAUCAAAAAGUUAUUUUUAUAAGUUUUUCUUUAUUUACUAAAAAAUUUGUAUCUUUUUAUAUAUUAGUCUUUUGUAUGACAUUAAAAUGGAAUUCGAUGAUAAAGAAGUUGAACGACACCUGGAAGCACUAGGAUUUGAAAAUAUAGACCCUCUUAUGCUACAAACAUUUAUUAAAGAUUUAAAAAAAUUAAUCAUAUAUGAAAGAAAAAAGAAGAAAAAAGAUACAAUCUCACAAAUGGAAACAAAUGAAUAUAAAAUUGAAGAAAAAAUUCAAAAACAGAUUAUCAAUUGCAAUUGUACAUGUUGUACUUUAAAAAAUCAAGAUGUAUUUGACAGAUUAUCAUUCCCAAUUACAAAAAACAAGAUUUGUCCUAAAUCAUUAUCAUCUGUUGGAGUUCAAACAGACCCGUGUUUAAAAAAAAUAAAAAAUGAUGAGUAUUCGCAUUCUUCAAAGACUAGACCUAUGGAUCCAGUUUCUUUAUAUCAAUUUUACCAAUCUGAAUGGCACAAUCAUAAAGUGCCCGGAGAAAAAAGUCAUGAUCAGCUAAGAUGGAAUGUUAGACAAAUGAUGAAACGUAAAUAAAUGUUAUAUAUACAAGACUUUAACAAUAAUAAAUUUUAAUUUUACUAA